AUGGAAGAUCUCAAUAUUGAACAACUUAUCUCUAGACUUAUUACUGCUCCUUCUAAUAACAUACUUCGUGAAAUGUCAUAUUGUCUUAUUGAAGCACAAGAAAGUGAUUUUGAUACAUUGAUUGCUACAUUAUUUCAUCCAUUAUUUACUCUGGAAACUUGGGCAUGGGAAGUUUUAAGUAGAGAUUCUCGACAAUGGAAUAAUGAUGAACAAGAAUGUUUUGAUUUAUUUCAUAAUAUUUCAAAUUUUAAUAAAAAAAUAAUUUUAAGUAAUAAUGAUGUACAUACAAAAGGAUCUCUUCUUCUUCCGGCUAAUACUGAUAUUAUUGAUGGAGUAUUUGAACAAUUCAAAAAACGAAACGAUGAAAAUGAACGUUUUUUAACAAUAAUUUAUUUAUGGUUUGAUAAUCUUUCGUUGUUAAUGCGUGAACAUAUAGAAUUUGCUUCAGCAUCUAUAAUAAUUUAUAUUAAUGAACGUAUUACAUCUGAUAUUAUAAUGACUGAUCAGUUUAAAAUUUAUCUGAAUGAAUUACAAGAUCCAUGUCCGUUAUUUACAAUGAAACAAGUUUUUUAUAUUAAAACAUGUUCAUUUUUAUUAGGGGAAUAUUUAUGUUCGAAACCGCAUGACUUUCCUCAUAAUGGACAAGAAAUUCUAGAAUAUCUUGCUGAUGAUUAUACAAAUAUUAUACUCAUUCAUAGUAAAACAAUAUUAUCAUGGAGUAAAGAUUUACUUUCAUGUAUUACACAUUUGAUUGGUCUUAUUACUGCUUGUCAUUUAUGGAUUGGUACUAAAGAAGAGAUUCUUAAAAUGUUUAUGAUUUCUGAUAAAACUAUAUAUGACUAUAUUGAAUCAUUAAUUGAUAUCCUUCAUCAUCAAACAUGUCAUGAACGAAAUCGUCCUCAAUUAUUAAAUGAUGAAUCAAUACUUGUGGAUAAUAUUUUCGAAUUAUUUAACUAUUUCAUAAAUUUCCAAAAUAUAAUAAAUUUUUUUCGUUCUCAAAAGAAUUUAGUUGAUAUACUUUUGAAAUAUGAUGUUAUAAACAAUGAUCGAUUUUAUUUACGAAUCUAUAGGCUCCAAUCAAAAAUUCUUUCUGAAAAACAAAUUAAAAAAUCAAAUAUAGUUAAUAAGAUAAAUAAAAUUUUCUUUUAUUAUCUUGACCAAGCAUGGAAAAGUCCAUUGAAAAAAUAUAACACAAUACCCAUUGAAGAAUUACUAGAAGGUCUUUUAACUUUAUCUCAAUAUGAUACUAUGAAAAAUCCUAUCGCUGAUUCAAAUGAACUACAAUUUUUAAUUGAAAAAUCUGAUGAAUAUCCAAUAAUUUAUGAUAUUCUAUGGUCUUUAUCGUUUGAUAUUCGUAUUCAAGCUGAACUUCGUUUAAAUCAAACAUUGAAAAAUAAAUUAGAAAGUAACUAUACGAAUGAACAAAUACAAAAUAUUAUUUAUGGAAUACAAUGGAAUUUAAAUCCCAAUAAUAUGCAAAUAAAUACUGAUACUAAUAAAGCCAAAUAUGACGUAAUGAUAAGUUAUUCCCAUGAAGAUAAAUCAAUAUGUACACAAUUAUAUCAUGAACUUAUUCAAAAAGAUUUUAAAGUGUUGAUAGACUUGAAUGAUAAACAUCAUAAUAUAAUGGAUGCAAUGGUUCAAGCUGUUAAACAAUCUUUUACAAUAAUUGUUUGUAUAAGUAAACACUAUAAACAAAGUAAUUAUUGUCGAGCUGAAGCACAAUAUGCUUUUGGAAGACAAUUAAAAAUAAUUCCAAUAUUAAUUGAUAAUUCUUAUAAACCAGAUGGUUGGCUUUCCUAUCUUAUUCGUGGUUUAUCUCUGAUAGAUUUUACAAAAUAUGAAUUUUCUCAUGGAAUGCAAAUCUUAUUAGAUAAAUUAAAAAUUCCACCUAUUAGUGUUCUUAGUACUCUUGUUGUACGUCAACCGCUACAAAAUGUUACUAACGUAUCUUUAUCAACAUUGGAUUCAACAGAUAUGUGUCAAUGGACACCAAAUGAUGUUCAACAGUGGUUAAUUCAAAAUAAUCUUUCACAAAUGAAAGAUUGUUUAUCAGGUUUAAAUGGUUCAUAUUUAAUUCGUUUGAGUAAAGAUAUAGCAAAGAAUUCACCACAAGAAAAUCUUAAUUUAUUUCAAGAACAUUCAAUGAAAAAAACAGGAAAAGAUAUUUCAUUAACAGAUAUAUCUAGAUUGCAAACUCUAAUUGAAGAACACAUUCAAAAACCUACAACAACGAAACAAUGGAGUCCAAAACUGUGUUGUCGAAUGAUGUAA